AUGUCACGGUACAACGAGGCUGACGAGGCACAGCGAGGACACUACAAUGACGGGUACAGCGCUCACCCGUCUCAGACACCUAAUCCUUAUGAAGAACAACUACAUGACCCGUAUGACCCAAAUCGCUACAAUCCCCAAUUUGAACACCGACCCUACGAUCCGAACCAGCAAUAUCACCUCCCGGACCCAUUUCUUACCCCGCAAGUUCAAUCGACCCCAUUUCCUCCUUCUCAAUCACAAGAUUUGUAUCAACAACAACAACAACAUCCGCCGCAGCCACCAACAGACUACCUUACACCACAUGCCCACUAUAGCCCAUUCGACAAUGCACCGCCCGCUCCACGCCCGCAGUCACAGUUUGGUAUGGAUUAUGAGAUGGUAGAGCGUGAGGACAAUGAUCUGGGCGACAUGCCACUGCUGCAACACAAUGGUCCUUACACAGCAGCACAAAUGCCUGGAGGCUACCAGGAGGCCAUUUCUGAUGACCGCUCAGAAACUAACAUUCGCUACGGACACAUACCGCAGCGCGUGCCCCGACGGUACAAGACUAUCAAGAAGGUAGAACUCUUCCACGGUAACUUCGUGCUCGACUCCGCAGUGCCAACAAAACUGCUGGAUAUGUGCGCGAUUCGCAAUGAACGCGAGUUCACCCACAUGCGGUACUCUGCAGCCACAUGCGACCCCAACGACUUUAAGAACUCUGGGUUCACCCUCCGCCAAGUGCACUACGAUCCUCCACGGAGGACGGAGCUUUUCAUCGUCAUGACAAUGUACAAUGAAGAUGAGGAGCUAUUCUGUCGUUCAAUGCAUGGUGUCAUUAAGAAUAUCGCUCAUUUGUGCAAACGAGAUCGGAGCAAAACGUGGGGGAAAGAGGGUUGGAAAAAGGUUGUGGUCUGUAUUGUUAGUGAUGGGCGGUCGAAGAUCAAUUCCCGGACGCUGAGUGUCAUUGCUGCCAUGGGUGCAUAUCAAGACGGCAUUGCAAAGAAUAUCGUCAAUGGAAAACCUGUCGCAGCACACAUAUACGAGUAUACCACGCAAAUAUCGGUCUCUCCUUCAAUGAAAAUCGAAGGCGCCGAAAAAGGUGUUGUCCCCGUACAGAUCAUCUUCUGCCUUAAAGAGAAGAACCAAAAGAAGAUCAACUCCCAUCGCUGGUUCUUCAACGCCUUUGGUCCAAUAUUGGAGCCCAAUGUGUGCGUUCUCCUUGACGUUGGUACCAUGCCCGGCCCCACUUCAAUCUACCACCUGUGGAAAGCCUUCGAUAUUAAUUCGAAUGUUGGCGGUGCAUGCGGUGAAAUCGUCGCUCUGAAGGGCAAGUACGGACAAUAUCUUCUCAACCCACUCGUCGCAGCGCAGAAUUUCGAAUAUAAAAUGUCGAAUAUUUUGGAUAAGCCGUUAGAGAGUGUGUUCGGGUAUAUCACCGUGCUGCCUGGCGCGUUUAGUGCAUAUAGGUAUAUUGCCCUGCAGAAUGACCAGAUGGGGGAGGGCCCGCUGCAGAAGUACUUUUUAGGUGAGAAGAUGCAUGGUGCAGGUGCCGAUAUCUUCACAGCGAACAUGUAUCUUGCCGAGGAUCGGAUAUUAUGCUGGGAGCUUGUCUCAAAGCGCGGGGGAUCGUGGAUUCUGCACUAUGUCAAGUCUGCAUACGCCGUGACUGAUGUUCCCGACCAGGUCCCCGAGUUAAUUUCCCAAAGACGUCGCUGGCUUAAUGGCUCUUUCUUUGCCGCCAUACACUCUACCGUUCAUUUCCACUACCUGUAUCGCUCCUCGCAUUCAUUCAUGCGCAAGUUCUGGAUUCACAUCGAGAUGUUUUAUCAACUGUACAACCUCAUAUUUGCCUGGUUUUCCCUUGUAAGCUUCGUUCUGUACCAUUCUCUGCGCCACCCGCUCGAGUCCUACGUUCCUCAAAUCCGCAUCCUUAACAUCAUUCUCAACUACUUCUAUCUCGGGUUGCUCAUCAUGUGCUUCCUCCUCUCGCUCGGUAAUCGGCCGCAAGGUUCAAAAUGGGGCUACACCCUCGCUUUCAUCGGGUUUGCCAUAAUCACGAUUGAUAUGACUGUCUCGGCGUUAUUGCUCGCUUACAAGGCCAUUGAAGGCGUCGCGCAAAGUGAAGGACGGGCGAUACAGGCUAGCGAUCUAUUGUCGAAUUCGAUCUUUAGAGAUGUCGUGGUCUCAUUGGCGGCAACGCUGGGGCUGUAUUUCAUGGCCUCGUUGAUCUUCUUUGAGCCAUGGCAUAUGAUUACGUCCUUCAUCCAGUAUCUCCUCAUGGCGCCGUCGUAUAUUGCGGUCUUGAACGUCUACGCAUUUGCCAACGUCCAUGAUGUCUCAUGGGGAACGAAGGGUGACAACAAGGUUUCCACUGAUCUCGGUGUCGUCAGCGCGGGCACGGGGGACAACAAGAAUGAAGUCGAGGUAGCGGUGCCCACGGCUGAGACUGACAUCAAUGCAGCAUAUGAAGAUGCUAUCCAUGUUCUGUCCUCGAAACCACCCAAGGAGGAUUCCAAGCCUGAUCCGGCAACCCAGCAAGAAGAUUAUUAUAAGACGUUCCGGACGAACGUAUUGCUGGUUUGGACUUUGAGCAAUGCUCUUCUGGCUGCUGCUAUAAUCACUACGAGUGGCAGUGGAAGUGCAGGUGUGACCGGAUAUAUGACGUUCAUCCUCUUCUCAGUUGCUGGACUUGCAUUCGUUCGUUUCAUCGGCUCGACGACGUACAUGCUCGUGCGCUUGUUUGCAGGAGAGUGA